AGGAUUUCACUUUCCUUUUAUGUGUGUUAACGUCCCAAUGUUUCAGCCCUCCUGACUUUCGUUCCCAUUAAUCUCUUGUGCUUCCAAUAAAAAAUCAAUCGAGCUCCGAAAACAAUAAACGCUCCCGCCGCAUCGAUCCUCGUUUUCCGGCUCCUGAUUUCCGGCGUCGCUGCCGCCGCUAUCCUAUGCCCUCGCAGACAAUGGCAGAUGUAUGGGCAUGGAUGAUCUUCUUCUUCAUGCUCGUUGCUCUUAUUGUCAUGGUCGUUUUCCAGCUUAUGUGCCUGGCGGAUCUAGAAUUCGAUUAUAUCAACCCUUAUGACUCUGCAUCUAGGAUAAAUAAAGUUAUCCUCCCGGAGUUCAUCACGCAUGGAGUUUUAUGCUUCCUCUAUCUUGUAACUGGGCAUUGGGUUGCAGCACUUCUCUGUGUUCCAUACUUGUACUACAACGUGAGACUGUACCUAGAACGACAGCACCUGAUAGAUGUAACUGAGAUUUUCAAUCAACUCAAUUAUGAGAAGAAACGGAGGCUUUGGAAGCUUGCCUAUCUCGUUCUUCUACUCUUCAUGUCCUUAUUCAUGUUGAUAUACAGCGCUUUGGAGGACGACGACGAUGAACAUUCACUAUAGUUUCAUUAUCUCGUGCAGACUAAAUCUAAUCAGGAACCCUGAACCUGGAACAAUCAUGGUUCUGAAGUUGAGAGCUUGCAAGUAUUGUUUUUCGAACCUAUCUAUGAUUGUGGUAGGACAUUCUUGUUCUGUUGUAAGAUGCCUGGAAAUAUGUGCCCUACAUUAUGCUUAGGAGUACAUUGAGGAAUCUCAGUUCUGCUUCUUUCUCAUUUACAUUUCACUUGCUCUCUUGUAUUCCCUUGUCAUUUGAAUCUCAAGUAUUGUUCAUUAACUUUUCCUUUUUUUUUUUUU